AUGUCGUUUCAACUCAACUCAACUCCACGCGCCAGCGCGUCGCUCCCCUCUGACAAGCAGCAGAUCGUGCAGACCGCCGAGGCGCUCGUCGACGGCGUGGCUUCGUCCUGGAAAAAGGGCAAGUGCUACAAGCACAAGCUCACGCGCAACCCGACGCUGGACGGCGACGAGGUUGCUGUGCAGACCUACUACACAACCAUCGGGAGCGACUACUGGCUGAGUCGCGCAAGCUCCCACCACGUCACGCCCGCGGUGUACGAGGCAGUGGUGCGCGAGCUGAACGGGAGCACACGUGACCGCGCGCCUACCUCCGACGCUAUCCCCGGGCCCGCGGGGUCACGUGACCCCACCUCGUGGCAAAUGCCCGACCGCGCCGCCCGCUCCCGCCGCGAGCGCGACUACAUCGAGGUGCUGAGCAAGGUCGACGUCGUCGACACCACGGCCGCCGGCUGGGUGCUCGUCAACCUGGAGUACGAGCUGGGCCGGCCCAUGGCCACGCGCGAGUUCAACGAGUGGGUCUACCCGGUCGAGCCGUACACCGCGACCUCCGGCCGCGAGCGGUGUAUGGUCGUGUCGCUGGUAGCGGACGCCCCAUUGCGCGACCCCCACAAGCACACCCACGGCAUCUAUGCCAGCGUCGAGCUUCUCGAGUACGACUACGCCACCAGCACGUUGUAUUGGACCAUGUGUACCACCAGCGACGCGGGCGGCAACGUCCCCAAGUGGAUUCAAAACGCCACCAUAGCCAAAACCGUGUCGAAAGACGUAAGUUUCUUUCUAAGUUGGCUAGGGGAGCAACCGUCCCAAGACCCAGCCAAUUAA